ACCAAACGGUGACAAAACCAAAACAAAUUAGCGUCUAUUUUCACAUACCGUAGUUGCUUGUAUUUAAAACCAACAAUUUUUAAAAUCAAUUUCAAAGUUUAUGAAAUAAGUUCUAGUUUAAAAUUAUUGUAAAAUAAUUCUUGCAGUUGUUGUACAUUCAAAGGUAAAAAAAUAAUUAGAUUGUAGAAAUGUCAAAAAAAGCGAUUUUACCAAUACGUGAAGCGCGAACAAGGAUAGCCAAAGAAAAGGCAACCUUUGAAAUUAAGCGAUAUUUCAUGCCAAAAAGUAAGUUGCGUCCAAUUCCAGAAGAUAUUGAAGUUUCCUCAUUCACCAUUGUUGAACCGGAAGAGAAUGAUACAAACAACAAUUCCAAGCGAAAUUUCAAACAUUUGUCGAAGGAAAACGGCAAAAAUAGUGAGAAAGAAUUAGUUAGCAACGCAAAACGUGCAAAGACGAAAGCAAUUGCAUCCCAGCCAGAGCCAAAAUCAAAGAAAACCCAGUCACAUCCAAAGAAUAGUGCAAAGCCAAAAACAAAUUUGACAUCGACAUCAAAGGAAAUGGCACAAAUUGCAUCGAAGAAAAUUAAAAAACCAUCAAAGGAUACUGAAUCGACCGGUUCAUCGGGCUCGUCGUUGCCAGAAGUCGUUCUGUACGAUAAAUCAAAGAUAUCGAACAGCAUUAUUGUUACAAAUAGCUCAAUGAUGGAAUACGGUUUUGAUACACUACAAACUGACGACGAUACUGAGAGUGAAAAUGAAGAUGAAAUACACAAUCCUCAUUGGAGCCGGAGCAAAAAUCGAAUUCGCGUUAUUAUUAAGCAGUCAGCAAUUGGAAAUAAAGUUGUUGACACACUAUUUGGUUCAAAAGCAGAAAACACAAUUUCGGUAGAAAUUUUCCCCACAAUCAAACCUAUUGUUCGACGUCGGUCCACAGCCGUUUGGAAUACACCACCACGCUAUUCAAUGUUACCAAAGUAUUAGUAGUCAUUGAUCUCACACAACAUUAUCGUAGAUCGAAUCAUUUUCAUAAUAUCAGAGAGAUUAAUAUGCCAAAUCGACAUUAGAUAAUUUUUUCAAACAUUUUAUACCGAUUUCAUUGAAUAUUCACAAACAAACAAUUUUCUUUAUUUAUCAAUUCGAUUUCAUUCAGAAUGUCAUUUUUCAUUUGUUUCAUUAAUUUAAUUUUAGUUUAUCGUUACUUUUCAAAUAGUGGUAUUACUUUGAAAAAUGUUCACAUUUUUAUGCACGACUGUCUACCUCAAUCUAUGGCCAAAAAAGGCAUGGAAAUGCGGGAUUGUAUGAUAAGAAAUUUUGUUAAAUAAAUUUAAAUAAAAAUUUAAAAUUAA